AUGUUUUGUAGAAGUUUAGAGUCAUUUAUUUUGCCAAAUAAUGUUAUCUCAAUUAGUUCUAAUUCAUUUUGGGAAUGUAAUAGCUUACGGACGUUUUCUUUUGGGCAUAAUACAAAGAUUACAACAAUAAGUGAAGAUGCAUUCUAUCGAUGUGGCUUUGAGACUUUCGAAGUUCCAUCAUCUGUAACACAAAUUGGCCUAAAUGCAUUUUCUGAAUGCCCAAAUUUGAAAUAUUUUAUAUUUGCAUCUAAUAUAGAUCUAAAAACAAUAAGUGGCGGUACUUUUCGAGGUUGUACUUCGCUUCCCACAAUAACAAUUCCAAAAUCUGUUGAAUCUCUGGACCCAUCAGCAUUCCAGUUCUGCUCUAAGCUUUUCUCAAUCAAUGUUCCUAUAGAUAAUUCUUACUAUAGCAGUGAAGAAGGUAUUGUUUAUUCUAAGAAUCGUGAUCGACUUGUUUGCUGCCCAUGUGGCAAGGACCGAGCAUUCAUCAAAAAUUACAUCAUUGUUAUCGGAUCUAACUCAUUCUACAGCUGCUCAUAUCUUCUAAACUUAACAUUCGAAGAUGGAUGCAGAUUGGAGACAAUAGAGGAUGGAACAUUCUAUUCAUGCACAGCGCUAGAGCGUGUUGAUAUGCCUACAUCAUUACGUACAGUCCAACGCUCUGCAUUUCUUGGAUGUAGCAAUCUCGCUAUAAUAACAUUUCCCGAUUGCUCGCUCUGUGAUCUUGAAUCUGAUAUGAUCUUUGCUGAGUGUCGAAAUCUUGUUGUUUUUUCAUUUGGUAAAUUCUGUGCACUUCAACAUCUGGGCAAUCAGAUCUUCUUAAAUUGUGUUCGUCUUACUAACAUCACAAUCCCAGCCAAUUGUACAUCUAUUGGUGACUCGGCAUUUGAAAACUGUGAGAGUCUUUCAAAUGUUCAUUUUGAACGAAAUUCACAACUUCAUUCUCUUUCACAGACUUCAUUCAUUGGAUGCACAUCUCUUAUUAAUUACACCAUCCCAGACUCUUUCUCCAUAAUUUCUAAUAUGUGUUUUGGUGGUGCUCCUAACAUCGAAAUUGUCAAUGUUUUUCCUGAUAUGUCAUAUUCCAAAAUCAGUCGAAACUCAUUUUCAUCAAUUCACUUACGUUGUUUCAACAUUGGACCAAGAACAACAAUUGAUCUUCUCGAAGAUUAUUGUUUCGGCAACACAUAUAUUGAACAAUUUAUCCUUUCUACACCUACAAAAUGUUGUAAAACUCUUAACCUUAUAAAUUUUUGGACACCAUAG